AACCACGAACAGCCGCGUUGGUCGCAGCUCCAUGCUUCUAACAGUGCAAGUUGUGGCUUUAACGUUCCAGCCGCGGCGCGUCGGGAGGAGCGUGUUGAGUCCUGAGUCUCCGUUUUGCCUUGCGGUCCUUUGGUUUUGAGCUUGCGUUGGCUCGCCGGUCCCGCCGUCUCGCCCGGGGGCCGCCGCGCUCCGGUGUGCGUGCCUCGUGUGCUGGUGCUGUGCCGCUGUGGAGCUCUGAUGCGUGGGUGGUCUCUGUCGAGCAGCGGCGGCUCCGCAGGGGUGGACCACCACAGCCUGUUCAGGGGCGACGCCGACUCGGAGGAGGAGGACGACGAGGUGGGCUACGCCGACCCCGUCCAAGACGACCUCUACGCCCGGAAGAUGGGCCUCAAACCGCAGCCCGCUGGAAACGCAGCCUAUAACAAGUUCUUACCCAAGUUCUGGACGCCUGAAGAGGACGUUCACUUGCAGAAGAUCAAGUUGGGUUCUCAGAGGAGACCCUGGUAUAAAAAGAUGCAAGGCUUAAGCCCCAAGAAGUCGGGCUCUUCCUCCGACGACUCAGACUGUGACAUCAGUCCCUGGCUCUCCUCAGCCCCCUCUCCCUCCGGCCCCUCUCCCUCUCACUCCCACACACCCGAGGCCUCCGCUCGUCCCACUCUUGUCGUGGGCAAAAGUCCUCACAUCCAUCCACACACUCUCCCACAGCUCCCUAAGAUACAGCCCCCCCUGUUAGAGACACCCCCUCUGGUCUUUGCCCCAGUGGACCCCAGCUCAGGCCCAAAGCUAGUCAAAGGUGAGAAAUGGCCUCUAUUGGGGCGCCAAGACCCCCGGGAGCCCCCGGACCCCAUUGAUUAUGACAGCAUUAUCCCAGAUUUGGAGAACGAUGACAUGUUUGCCAGACGGACCCUGGCCUUUCAGUCCAACCUUUACCUGGCGAUGGCAAAGUCUCCUCUUCCCACACCACGUCGCUACACGUCUGAGCCCCAGCUCAAUAUUGUCACCCAGCGGCACCUCCGCCGCGGCGCCGAGGAGGACGAGUUCCCCGACAUCGAGCAGGACGACGUGGUGUAUCGCAGGGAGAAAACCCAGCAGGCUCAGCAGCAGCGGCCGCUCUCGGGCGCCCCAGACAACUAUGCCCCGAUGCCCGUCCCAGAGCCCUGGUGCCUGCCUCCAGAUCUCAAAUCCAGGCUCCUCUGCGCCCCGUGUCCUCUGGCCAAGGAGCCAGCAGGAACCGAAGUGGACGAGGACCGCCCUAAAACGGACGACAUGCUGAUUCGAAAGCUCGGUGCUCCCUCUGAGAGCUCACUGAAAGGCCCUUCGGCAGCUCAGACCUCUCCGUCAGCGCCCCCUACCUGUAGCGACGGUGACCUGCAGCGGUGGCAGGCUAUCAGGGAAGCUAGCCAGCUACGGUACAAGAAAAGGCUCAUGGUGGAGAGGCUAGCAGCUCUGAAGUUAUAGGAAAAAACAUGCAAGCGUCUUUAUGUGUCUGUAAAAUACUUUCCAUCUGAUAAUUGUUGGGGGUUUGGUUUGAGGUCCUGCCCAGUCAGAAAUGGGGAUUUUACCAAAUGACAUUGAGGUUUCUGAAAACAAAAGGUGCCUUUUGUGUUUAUUGGAUCAGUGUGUUGAGUAUUUCAACAGACGCUUCAGUGAAGUAAAUGUGGAGGAUCUCACUACAGCAACAAGAACUUUGUCUCAUCUUAAAUGUUUGUUGACCUCAGAUUUCUCAGUUAUGAAAAAGUCUAAUGAACGACAUUCUGUGGCUUUUUACAGAAAAGAGAUGUGGAGCAUGUUUCACUUUAUGAGCGCACGGAGUGUAAAUGCAGAUUGGACAAAGUUGCAUUAAAUGUUCUGCUAUUGUGUAAUUUGGGGUGUGAUUUAUAAGCACAACACUAUGAAUUUCUAAGACUGUGCGAAGUAUGUUUAGCUGUGUUUUUCUUUCGCACCAAUAAAUUUCCCCAAUAAAGAGGACGUGACUUCAUAGUCUUGU